AUGAAGUCUGCCAUCCUUCUCGGCCUCACCGGCCUUGCUGCCAACGUGCACGCUCAUCCCGCUCCGCACCCGGAGACCGGCUCUGGCUUGGCCAAGCGCGGCAUUGAUAUCAGCAAGUACAGCCUGCCCAGCCUGUCUGACUACACUCCUUCGACACACGUCGAGGAGGAGGCGUCUAUCCAGGCUGAGGGUUUCAAGCGCGACUACGUCGCCACCGCUACCCGAGCUGUCAAGCGAGCUGCUCCCAACGCGGAAUUCCGUGUCGUUCCCGACCACUAUAUCGAUGUUGACGGCAUUGGCCACGUCCACUUCAAGCAGACAGCCCACGGCAUUGACAUUGACAAUGCUGAUUUCAAGGUCAACAUUGGCCGAAACGGCAGAGUCUUCUCUCACGGCAACAGCUUCUUCUCCGGCAAGCUGCCCGCUGAGAGCCCCCUGAAGAAGCGUGACUUCUCCGACCCCACGAAUGCGCUCAAGGGUGCUGUCGACAUUUUGGGCCUCCCCAUCCAGGCCGAAGGCGCCACCGCCGAGGCUCAGGAGGGAACUGAGAAGUACACUCUCAAGGGCACUUCCGGUGCUGUCAGCGACCCCGAGGCCCGCCUGGUCUACCUCGCCAAGGAGGACGGAACUCUGUCCCUGACCUGGCGAGUCGAGACCGACGUCGUCGACAACUGGCUGCUCACCUACAUCGACGCUGCCACCAACAAGGAGGUCCACGGUGUCGUCGACUACGUCAGCGACUUUGCCACCGUCGAGGUGUUCCCCUGGGGCCUCAACGACCCCACGGAGGGCGACCGCAAGACCUUCACUGACCCGUGGAGGAUCGAUGCCUCCCCCUUCACCUGGUUCGGCGACGGAACCACAAACUACACCACCACGCGCGGCAACAACGCCAUUGCCCAGGUCAACCCCAACGGAGGCAACGACUACCUCAACAACUACCGCCCAACCAGCGCAACCCGGGCCUUUGAGUACCCCUUCACGCUGACCCAGACCAACCCCACGGACUACCGUGACGCCUCCAUCACGCAGCUGUUCUACACUGCCAACAAGUACCACGACUUGCUGUACGUCCUCGGCUUCAACGAGGUUGCCGGCAACUUCCAGGCCAACAACAACGGCAAGGGUGGUUUGGGCAAUGACUUUGUCAUCCUCAACGCCCAGGACGGCUCUGGCACCAACAACGCCAACUUUGCCACUCCCGCCGACGGCAGCAACGGCCGCAUGAGGAUGUACAUCUGGACCGUGUCCACUCCCCGCCGUGACGGCUCCCUCGAGGAGGGCAUCGUCAUCCACGAAUACACUCACGGACUGUCCACCCGUCUCACCGGUGGCCCUGCCAACUCCGGCUGCCUGUCCGGCGUCGAGGCCGGCGGCAUGGGCGAAGGCUGGGGCGACUUCUACGCCACGGCCAUCCGCCUCAAGGCCGGCGACACCCGUUCCACCGACUACCCCAUGGGCGCCUGGGCCGACAACAACCUCAAGGGCAUCCGCCAGUACCCCUACUCCACCAGCCUGACCACCAACCCGCUCACCUACAAGUCGGUCAACACCCAGAACGAGGUCCACUCCUCCGGCACCACCUGGGCCUCCAUCCUCUACGAGGUCCUCUGGAACCUCAUCGACAAGUACGGCAAGAAUGACGCCGACUUCCCGACCUUUGACAGCCAGGGCGUGCCCACCGACGGCAAGUUCCUCGCCCUCAAGCUCGUCCUCAACGGCCUCGCCCUCCAGCCCUGCACGCCCACUUUCGUCUCUGCCCGUGACGCCAUCCUCGACGCCGACCGCUCCCUGACUGGUGGCGAGAACUUGUGCGAGCUGUGGACUGCCUUUGCCAAGCGCGGUCUUGGCUCCGGAGCCAGGUACUCUGCUUCCGCCCGAACUGAGAGCUUCACCAUCCCCUCUGGUGUCUGCUAA